AGUGUGAGAUCCGAGUUUGCGGGAGGGAAGCGAUGUGGGUGUGUUGCUGUCUCGGUACGUGGAUGCGGGGAACUGGAUGCUCGUGCUGUAGUCUGUAUGUUUGUGCGUGGGGGUGUGUGUGGAGGGCGCAACUUUCAGACCGCUGAAUCGUGUGCAGCCUUGCGGACACUAAAGUACUGUGUACGUGAACAGAUCGGUUCGUUUCAGUGCACACCAGUGUUCGCCCACUACACACGGUCGGGGAAAAGAGGGAGAAGAAAAUGCCUGCGACACCAGGGAGCAGCAGCCGCAAAAAAUUUCCGCCGAUCGACGCAAAAAGCCCUAAUUCGAGUCGAUCGGCGUAAAUUCGGCCGUGACAGACGGGUCGGCGAUGGGCCUGUUACAGAGGCCCGGCCUGGACGGCCAGGGUGUCGGGAAAGGAGGUUUAGAUGGUGGCGGCGUGUUCAGUGGAGUUAGACAAGAAAUACACAGAUACAGACAUCGGCAAUACGCAAAGAUACGGCCCAUGCAGAGGCCAUACACCCCUUGUGCCAGCGCCAAUGAGGCACACAGAAACACCUAAAAGUUGAACUUACCAAAAUCAAACGUCACGUGCAGACGGACGUGGCCGAGGCCGCAGCAGGACAGGCCUGUCGU